GUGAAAGAGUCAGAAGCAGCAGCAGCGGCCCACGGUCACGACGGAACAUGACGAUGAUGUGGACACUCCUACUUUUAUUCCUCGGCACAUACUCGGCCUCAGGCUCUUUCCCGCGAGCACGGAAUGUCACCUGGAAAUCCACCAACUUCAAAACUAUUUUGUCCUGGGAGCCAAAACCUUUAGAGGAUUACUCCUACACUGUGGAGUUCUCUGUACUUGGUGGUAACAAACAGAGGAGCCCUCACUGUAUCCGCUCGCCUGCGACUCUGUGUGACCUGUCCGGCGCUCUGACCGCCCUGAAAGCCUGUUACACAGCUGACGUACUGUCUGAACCGCUGCUCGGAGCCAAGUCUGACCUUACCGAGUUCCCCUACACCAGCUCACCACAGUUCUGUCCCUACCAAGAAACUGACAUAGGCAGACCAAACUUCAAGAUGGAGGUGAGCGAAGACAAAAAGAAAACCACUCUGUACGUGACUGACCCGCUCACUGCCGUGUUUAAAGACGGACGCCAGCUGAACAUCAGAGACAUCUUCUCUGACCAGCUGCAGUAUAAAUUGACCUACAGGAGAAACAAGAGCACUGGCAAGAAAGUGUUGAACUCAAAGACCAACACCAUCGAGUUGACUGACCUGGACCAAGGAGAGAGCUACUGCUUCAACAUCCAGGCGUACAUCCCCAGCCGCGCUGUGGACAAGCAGCUGGGAGAGCUGAGCCACACCCAGUGCUCUGAAGAUGACAACCAGCACUUCUUUAAAGUAUAUUCUGUCAGUGUGAUCGCGGCGGCCAUCUUCCUCUUCCUGCUGCUGAUCGGGAUAAUCGUGGCCGUCACCGUGGUUUGCUGCAAGCGCAGGAAGAAAGCUCUGAAGGGCGGGAAAGAAGGCGUGCCACUUCAGAAUGUGUAGCGUGUGCGUCACUGUAAGAACCAGCGGUACGACUAAACUGGGACCCAGUCCCGAGUCCUGAGUCCUGAGUCCCGAGUCCUGAGUCCUGUAUGGAGAGUUGAGUUCAACUGUCCGCCGUCAAACACUGGAAUCCUCUCUGCCUUUAGUUUCUGUGAAACUGGCUCUGAAUAUGUGGAACAUAUUUGAUUGUAUGUAGAGAAGAUGUGAACACUCCUGCUGUACACAGUUAUCAUACUGAAGCUGAAUAUUCCAUUCCUUGGGUUAUUUAAUGACUGUAGAAAACACUACUUUGAUCUUAUUUAUUACAUUUCUUCUUCUAACUUGAAUUCACUGUCACAACGAGCGUUUUUUUUAGAAACUGCUGAAAGCUGCAAAUGGGAAAGCAAGAUGUUGUACUGUAUAUAUUGUUUUUGUACAUUACGCUUAAUUUAUUGUGUCUAAUGGAGAUUAACACGUUUGUAUGUGGAGGUGUUCUUAGCUGUUUUAUACGUCCGAUUGUUGUAGAUCAUUUUAUGACUUCAAAAUAAACAUUUUCACGAAUUUA